AUGCUAUCCCAAGAACAAAAACAUGGUAUUUUGUUGUUCGAUGAAAUAAUACUUCGUGAAAGCAUUGCUGUUAAAUCAUCCAACUUAAGCUAUGUUGGCUUUGAAAAUGUUGGAAACGAAAUACCCACUUCAAAUACUAAAGAUAACCAUGGUUUGGUAUUUAUGUUUCAAAGCUUGUCUGUCAAUUUUUGCCAACCUGUAGCUGUUUUCACGUCUACUGGCACAGUAAAAGAUGUAUUCACUGUAACACAUUAA